CGAACAAGUACGAGUCUCUGGGGUGAGUGGAUGGGUGUGAUGCAUGGCGAUGAGAUGGAAUAUGUUUUCGGACACCCGUUGAACAUGUCGCUCCAGUACCACACCAGGGAACGUGAUCUUGCUGCACAUAUUAUGCAGUCGUUCACCAGAUUUGCGCUCACCGGCAAACCGCACAAACCUGAUGAGAAAUGGCCGCUGUAUUCCCGCUCCUCUCCUCAUUAUUACACCUAUACCGCCGAUGGAACAAGUGGCCCUGCUGGACCACGUGGCCCACGAGCUUCAGCUUGCGCCUUCUGGAACGAUUUCCUCAACAAGCUCAACGAAUUGGAGCAUAUGCCAUGCGAUGGCGCAGUGACCGGGCCAUACAGCAGUGUUGCCGGUACCACUCUGCCCAUUCUCCUGCUGACAACGCUCGCAACAACCAUCGCUCUGUAA